AUGGCCGCCGCCCGCGCCGCCCUCCUCCGCCGCCACGGCCUCGGCGCCGCCGCCACCAACCCCGUCCUCUUCUCCGGCCACGGCCUCCGCUACCGCAAGCUCGAGGUCAUCCUCACCACGACGAUCGACAAGCUGGGGAAGGCGGGGGAGACGGUGAAGGUGGCGCCGGGGCACUUCCGCAACUACCUCAUGCCCAAGAUGCUCGCCGUCCCCAACAUCGACAAGUUCGCCAUACUCAUGCGCGAGCAGAGCAAGCUUUACAAACGCGAAGUGGAGGUGGUUGUCAAAGAAGUCUCAAAGGAGGAGGAUGAUGCUCGGCAAGCGGAAGAGAAACUGAAGCAGUGUCAAGCAGCAGCAAAACGGCUCGAUAAUGCUCUCUUGGUGUUCAGACGGUUCAUCUCCGAAGGGAUCGAGUUGCGCUCUCCUGUAACGAAGGAUGAAAUUGUUUCUGAGGUGGCGAGGCAACUCAACGUCAACAUUUACCCAGACAAUUUACACCUGGUGUCACCAUUGUCAUCCCUCGGAGAAUUUGAGGUGCCACUUCGCUUACCGAGGGAUAUACCACGCCCAGAAGGCAAGCUACAAUGGACUCUCAAGGUCAAGAUCAGGAGACCCUAA